GACGAGAAACGGCCACUCUGAAUCUACCAAACAAGCGUGUUUGUGUAAAAAACCAAAUUUACUGAUCUUUAAAUUGGGUAAAUACCGCCAGAAUAGUCGCAUCCACACACCCCUGCCGAUGGUAAAUCAAUUUUGGCCAAGAGCUAGCAAUGUUGUGUAGAAAGCAAAGUCAAACUCAAGCCGAAUUCGAACAAACUUUCCAAAAACAGGCCUGACAGAGUUUUCCGUGCCACCAGAGCAAAAUCGAUUGUUAAACGCGUUUAUUAUCUAAUAAUCUCCGAACGAAUUAGUGAAGUUUUCUGUGAAUCCCAGAGCUCAGUGAGAUUUGCGUUAGCCAAAUCCCCGUAUUCGGGCAUUCCAACGUAUACGCUCGCAGAGUCAGACCCCAAAAUCGUAGCUCCACACUUUUCCGUGAAUUUUUCGUAGCCGCGUGUGAGAAACCGAGUCCCGGUAAAAAAUCAAUAUGCGUGAAUGCAUCUCUAUCCACGUGGGCCAGGCCGGCGUCCAGAUUGGCAACGCCUGCUGGGAGUUGUACUGCCUGGAGCACGGCAUCCAGCCCGAUGGCCAGAUGCCCUCCGACAAGACCGUGGGCGGUGGCGAUGACUCAUUCAACACCUUCUUCAGCGAGACGGGCGCCGGCAAGCACGUGCCGCGCGCCGUGUUCGUGGACCUGGAGCCCACCGUGGUGGACGAGGUGCGCACCGGCACCUACCGGCAGCUGUUCCACCCGGAGCAGCUGAUCACCGGCAAGGAGGACGCGGCCAACAACUACGCCCGCGGGCACUACACCAUCGGCAAGGAGAUCGUCGACUUGGUGCUGGACAGGAUCCGCAAGCUGGCCGACCAGUGCACCGGGCUGCAGGGAUUCCUCAUCUUCCACUCCUUCGGCGGGGGCACUGGCUCCGGCUUCACCUCGCUGCUCAUGGAGCGCCUCUCGGUGGACUACGGAAAGAAGUCCAAGCUGGAGUUCGCCAUCUACCCGGCUCCCCAGGUGUCCACCGCCGUGGUGGAGCCCUACAACUCCAUCCUGACCACGCACACCACCCUGGAGCACUCGGACUGCGCCUUUAUGGUCGACAACGAGGCCAUCUACGACAUCUGCCGCCGCAACCUAGACAUCGAGCGGCCCACGUACACCAACCUUAACCGCCUGAUCGGGCAGAUAGUGUCCUCGAUCACCGCCUCGCUGCGAUUCGAUGGGGCUCUCAACGUGGACCUCACCGAGUUCCAGACCAACCUGGUGCCCUACCCCCGCAUCCACUUCCCGCUGGUCACAUACGCCCCGGUCAUCUCGGCGGAGAAGGCCUACCACGAGCAGCUGUCGGUGGCCGAGAUCACCAACGCCUGCUUCGAGCCGGCCAACCAGAUGGUCAAGGUGGACCCGAGACACGGCAAGUACAUGGCCUGCUGCAUGCUGUACCGCGGAGAUGUGGUGCCCAAGGACGUGAACGCAGCCAUCGCCACCAUCAAGACCAAGCGCACCAUACAGUUCGUGGACUGGUGCCCCACCGGCUUCAAGGUGGGCAUCAACUACCAGCCACCCACCGUGGUGCCUGGCGGAGAUCUGGCCAAGGUGCAGCGCGCCGUGUGCAUGCUGUCCAACACCACGGCCAUCGCCGAGGCCUGGGCCCGUCUGGACCACAAGUUCGACCUGAUGUACGCCAAGAGGGCGUUUGUCCACUGGUACGUCGGCGAGGGCAUGGAGGAGGGCGAGUUCUCGGAGGCCCGCGAGGAUCUGGCUGCCUUGGAGAAGGACUACGAGGAGGUCGGCAUGGACUCUGGUGACGGCGAGGGCGAAGGUGCUGAGGAGUACUAGGAGUGGGUAGAUGCAUCCCCCUAAACGCUGUUUGUUUUCAUACGCUCCCACUCGCAAACAUAAAUUCACUGCGACACUGUAAAGCGAAAAAGAAGAAAAUAAAAAAACACAAGAAACACA